AUGGCCGCCGCACCCGCAAAGCCCAGCCCCAUCAACGACCACGAUGUCGAAGAUUGGAAGACUCGCUUCAACGACGUGCUCGCGCGCCCCAGCGAGCACAUCAACUCGAAAUCGCCCCCCACCGCCGCACCAUGGCACAACUCUUUCUUCGCGUGUCUCACGCCCAUCGACACGUGCCUGCUGACGUACUGCCUGCCCUGCGUCACCUUCGGCCGCACCCACCACCGCCUGCGCAAGGACGGCAGCCUCGAGGGCUAUGAGCCCAUCAACACCUCGUGCCUCCUGUUCUGCGGCGCCGGCUGCUUCGGCGCGCACUGGAUCCCCAUGGCCAUGCAGCGCGCCGACAUCCGCGCCAAGUACAACCUGCAGGGCAACUGCCUGACCGACAUCGCGACGGCCUGCUGCUGCGCGCUGUGCGACCUCGUCCAGGUCGACAAGGAGGCCGCCUUCCGCGCCUCCGAGGUCCCCGCCGGGCCCCAGGGCGUCCAGCAGCAGUACGUCGCCCCGGCCGCCGGCAUGGAGUACCCCGCGCCCGCCGAGGUCAAGAACUAG